AUGUUAUGUUUUCAUUUUGUUUCAGCUCGCCGUAAGUCAAAUUGUGUCAAAGAAGUUGAGAUGAUUAAACAAAGAAGAGAGGAAAGAAGAGCUGCCCAUAAUGCUAUAAAAGAAGUCAACGAAACUAAAUAUGAUACCAGUGAUCCUAAUUGGGAAUUCUUAAAAAUGAUCACUGACUAUCAAGAAUCAUUAGAAUACAGACCAAUAACAAUAUCAGAUCCUAUUGAAGAUCAUCAAAUAUGUGUAUGUGUUCGGAAACGGCCAUUAACGAAAAAAGAACUUGGUAAAAGAGAACCAGAUGUAACCACUGUACCUAAUAAAGAAAAUGUGAUAAUUCAUGAACCUAAGUUGAAAGUUGACCUCACUAAAUAUUUAGAAAAUCAAAGUUUUCGCUAUGAUUAUGCCUUUGAUGAAAAUUCGACAAAUGAAAUGAUCUAUAGAUAUACUGCGAAACCUCUAGUAGAAUGUAUUUUUGAAGGAAGUAUGGCAACAUGUUUUGCUUAUGGUCAAACUGGUAGUGGAAAAACUCAUACAAUGGGAGGUAAUUUCUCAGCCAAAGGUCAACAAGAUUGUUCAAAAGGAAUAUAUUGUUUAGCAGCUAAAGAUGUGUUUCGAUUACUUCAUUCUAAGUACAAGAAAUCAGAUUUAGUUGUUGGUGCAAGUUUCUUUGAAAUAUACAGUGGAAAGGUGUUUGAUUUGUUGAAUAAUAAGAGUAAAUUACGUGUAUUAGAAGAUGCUAAACAACAAGUACAAGUUGUAGGGUUACGAGAAGAGAGUGUUAAUACUGCUGAUGAUGUUUUACAUUUAAUUCAACAUGGUAAUAAUGUUAGAACAUCAGGAACAACAUCUGCUAAUCAACAUUCUUCUAGAUCUCAUGCUGUUUUUCAAAUUAUUCUUAGAAAGCGUAAUACAAAUAAAAUAUUUGGUAAAUUUUCACUGAUUGAUUUAGCUGGUAAUGAACGUGGAGCUGAUACAUCUAGUGCUGAUAGACAAACUAGAAUGGAAGGAGCAGAAAUUAAUAAAAGUUUACUGGCAUUAAAGGAAUGUAUUAGGGCAUUAGGUAGAAGAGGUGCUCACACACCAUUCAGAGCCAGUAAAUUGACUCAAGUUUUACGAGAUUCAUUUAUAAAAGAAGGUUCAAGAACAUGUAUGAUUGCUAUGGUGUCACCUGGUAUGAGCUGUGUAGAAAAUACUUUAAAUACAUUACGAUAUGCUGAUAGAGUAAAAGAAUUGGGUCCAGGUGGUAAAGUAGAAGGAAAACCAGCUGAAAUAUCACCUUCUAAUGGUAAUUUUCAAGAAAUAGGAACCAUGUCGCCUCAAAAUAGUGAUUUACAUUUACUUAAAACUUCUAAUCAAGAAGAAGUAUCAGAAGAAUUAUUAUCAUUCCAUCAAGCUAUUAAUAAAAUGCAAGAAAUGGAAGAAGAAGUUAUUGAAGAUCAUAAAUCUUUAGCAGAACAAGGUCAAAAAUGGCUAUUAGAAGACAAGAGAUUAUUAAAAGUUACAGAUAGUGUAGAUUAUGAUACUGAAGCUUAUGCCAAACAACUGGAUAUAAGUUUAGUAAAAAGAAUACAAAUGCUUACAGCCAUGAGAGAAAAAGUGGCAACUUUCCGAAGAGAACUUCAAGAAGAAGAAACCCUGAGUAAAAAUAUCAAAGUACGAAAACCACCAAGAUAA